AUGUCUAAGAACCGGCUACUUAUAAUUCUUAAGGAUUUAGCCUUUCCCGAUUCGGUUAUUAACACAGGCGAACGCGCUAAGCUAGCGCCCCUUAUACUCCUAGAUGGGACUAUAAUAGUUAAGUGGCUUGGCAUUCACUUUAAUGCUCUAUUACAAUUUAAGGAGCAUAUCACUAUCCGCACUACUAAGGCUAAGUCUGCAUUCGGAUUGGCGAGGCUAACACUACGCAAAAUCCUAGGCACUUUUCGGACUAGUCUAAUUCAGGCCAUAGAAGUCAAAGCUAGCCUCCCACCGCCCGUAAUACGACUAGAUACAGCCACUUGCAAAUACGCUUUUCAGCUAGCUAAGCUAAGUCUAGACCACCUAGUAAAUCGCUAA